AUGCUCGACCACCAGUCGCUGUGGAAGUACAUACCAAUGUACUCGAGAGCCCUUUGCAACGCCUUUCUUGAGCGGUCUCAACCUCUUUCUGUUGUUGUCUACUUCUCGCAAGACCUUUAUAACGACUCCAAAGACUGCAAGCUCUCAGUCAAUGAUAUACUGAACAAUUUCUCUCGCGUUGAGGAGUAUGUUCACUACGGAGACCGUUCGAGCCGCAUACCUUCUGAGGACAUUGCGAAGAUACUAUCACCGAAUGCCUCCCUGAGGUUACUGGGGCUUCAUAACGCCUCCAUCCAACCUCUUUCUACUCCAAAUGGUGGACUGUUGAACGGCGUUUUCAGCAAUCUCCGAACCGUUAUAUUCACGAACUCUUCUUUCGUGCCUUCCGGCGAUACCCAGCGACCUGAACUUGCGUCCAACCACUCAGGUGGUCCGUUCAAUGCCGUGACACACGUGCAUCUGGAGAACUGUCAGUUAGACCCAAGAAACCACAUACUUCAGCUCCUACUGGAGAAAUCUCGAUUGAGGACUCUUGUCAUCUGCCAUGGGCAGUUGAAGAGCGAGCAGCGGAGGCUAUCGUUCCCCUCCUCAUUACAAACAGUGCAACUGGUGGACAGGUUUCGCUGUUUGACUCUCGCAAUACCCGUCUUAGAAGGUAGCCUGCCGUCGCAUACUUGCCUCGAACUACACCCAAUCGAGAUGCGAAGGGCGCAGCAACGUUACGAACCGCAUCUUCACCUGCCUCCCAAUCUCAACGCCGCUUCCCUACCUGUACCCGACCGCAUGGGAUUUAUGCGAGUCAUAUCCGAAUGGCUUUCUCAUACCAUUACUCGCUCUGUGAAUUCGAUGACCCUCUCAUCAUCAUCCGAGUUCGAUCGGACAAUCCUCUCUUUCUACGAUCAAGAUGCCCCCGAACUACCAGUACCUCUGCGCAUCACCCUGCACCAUCUACUUCCCGUUUCUACUCAGGGAGAUACUCCACUCAAACCGCUGCCCAGAUCAUGGUGUACCGUCAUCUGCAGAUUCCUUGACCUCUCCAAAUCGGUGGCCUGGGGUCGUCAGUUGCACACGCUGAAACUCGAUCACAGCUCGAGUUUAGUUGCGCGUAUAAUGCGAGUGCUGGCCGCCGAUCCUGAACUAUUCCCAGAACUUCGCACGUUGGAGUUCGUCUGCACAGACCCUCACAACUUGAGCGAAGUUUCCGAUGCAACUGUUGCGAGCGAUGGACUGGCUGGGAACAGACGCUCCUUGCACAUGACUGACGUCACGCUCGAACUCGACGUUGAACUCGACCACCACCAUCCACGCCGUCCCCAGCUCUAUCUAUUCCAGCCCGACGCGUCACAAUCUUCGCUUGGUCUAUCCGACAUGGACGUAGAUGAGGGACAUCUUAGCGCACUUAGUGACCAGUUCAAGGAAACACUGAAAUCACUCGUGUACUCAGCGCUGCCACCCGAGUCAUUGCAUGGCUCUGAUAUGGCUGUCAGAGUUUCAGAGGGACGUAUAUCGGCCAUGGAGGACGUUCUACUGUCCCUUCGGCGAUACCACAACGCUCAUCUUCCCAUCAGCACCUUACCCAACGAGAUGCUGCUCGCUAUAUUCUUGUUGCUUGUCGAAGACAUCUGGCCUCGGUACCCGCGUAACGAGUUUAGGCAAUGGAUAGGAAUCACGCAUGUCUGCCAUUCAUGGCGCGAGAUGGCGAUCCAAGACUCAAGGCUAUGGAGAGACAUCGAUGCCACCGUCUGGUCAAGCACUUGGAUUGAACAGGUCAUGUUUCCGCGGUCAGCGAGAGCUGCAUCCUUCAAUCUUACCGUUCCCCUUGAGGAUUACCCGGAUGAGGACAUUCCAUGGUCUCUCAUCAGGCUGGCUUUGCUCCCGCAAAACGUCGCCCGCCUUCGCCAGCUACAUCUCGAGAUCAAUCAGGAUACUAGUAUUGACUACCUUCGCGAGCAGCUCCCAUCGCAACUCCCGCAUCUGGAGGACCUAUCCAUCACCAUGGACGACGAGAAUAAACAACAGCCAAUCCCCGGUUCCUGGGUGAAAGCGUUUGCUCCCAAUCUACGCAAAUUCAGACUCGGAAGCUGCUACCUGAGCUGGCUGCCCGGCGAAGAAGCUCGGCUUCCCGCGACCAUAACGGACAUGCUCUUAUUCAACGAUGACAACUACGGCUACGUUGGUGUCGCUCCGACCAUCCCAGAAGAACAACUUCGAGUACUCCUCCAAGACUCGACACCGUGCUUGGAGGACCUGGCUCUUCAAGAUGCUAUCCCUCUGACACCAGGAGUUCCAGGUAGAGAAGCAUACACCGCAUCUGCCAUCACGUUCUUUGCGCGCGAACCCACCAUUCGUCUUCCAUCAACGCUCAAGAGGUUUGACUACACCGCAUACUACACCCUUCCCGGACAUCUCUUCUCCCGGCUCAUCAUCCCGCCCACUACUACCGUCAACUUCACCUCGCAAGAUAACUACGAACCAAGAGGCGGGCGAGAUCCGAGAUCGGGACACCAACCUCCAAAGGGUCUGCCCAUAUUAGGCAAGACCCCCACCUGUCAAGGUCGCGAAGGGUCUUUUUCGCGCGUUUUGCUCGACUUGUACACUACUCGCUCACAAACGUCGCUGCCGCGCUGA